AUGAAAGAUAAAGUUGCUUUCACGAUGAAACUUAAGCCGAAUAGAAUUGAUGAAUAUAAGCGACGUCAUGAUGAAAUCUGGCCUGAACUUGUAGGAUUACUUCAUGAAAAUGGUAUAUCAGACUAUUCGAUUUUUCUUGAUGAACCAUCAUUGACUUUAUUUGCUGUCCAGAAAGUUUCUCCAACUACAAUUUCAUCAAAUGAUAAAUUACACGAAAAUGAAAUAAUGCAACGUUGGUGGGUACACAUGGCUGAUCUUAUGGAAACAAAUGAAGAUCAAUCACCAGUUACUCAUGCACUGAGACUCGUUUUUCAUAUGGAUUAG